AUUUUCUUGGGGACGGCCUCGGACCUUAUAUCAUUCACCUAUCGUCCGCCCAUCUCCGCGAACAUCCUACGAAGACAGCACACCUUCGAUUCAAGAGUGCACCCUUACGUCUACCAAACUCGACUAUUUUUGUCUAAUUACAGCUACCGAAUACUGUCAAGAUGUGGAUUGUCCAGUGGUUCUACGAUGUCCUCUCGUCGCUUGGUCUGAUGAACAAGCAUGCCAAGCUGCUGUUCCUUGGCCUCGACAACGCGGGAAAGACGACUCUACUACACAUGCUGAAGAAUGACCGAGUUGCCAUCCUACAGCCUACCCUACAUCCCACAUCCGAAGAACUUGCGAUUGGAAACGUGCGCUUCACCACCUUCGAUCUAGGUGGUCACCAGCAAGCCCGUCGGUUGUGGAAGGACUACUUCCCGGAAGUCAACGGAAUUGUCUUCCUAGUCGACGCCAUGGACCACGAGCGUCUGCCCGAGUCCAAGGCCGAACUCGACGCCCUUCUGUCCAUGGAGGAGCUCGCCAAGGUCCCUUUCGUCAUCCUCGGAAACAAGAUCGACCACCCCAAUGCCGUGUCCGAGGACCAGCUCCGCCACGAACUGGGCUUGUAUCAGACGACUGGAAAGGGCAAGGUCCCAUUGGAGGGAAUCCGGCCCAUUGAGGUCUUCAUGUGCUCCGUGGUGAUGAGGCAAGGAUACGGCGAGGGUAUAAGAUGGCUUUCCCAGUACGUCUAGACGGCAAUUAAAAGGAGGGAGAGUAGCGUGUGGCGAUAUAUGACGAGAUCAGGGGACGAGACGAGCAUGCGAAUUGAGACGAUGCGAUGGCCGUCUGGGAAACAACCGGAGUUCUUUGACAGCAUACUACCUUACUACCAUACCGAAGUUCGAUGUUUUCCGGGAUAUUUCAUUGGAGUCAAUGGCUAGAGGCAUUUGCCAGAUCGCAAUAAUGAAUUGAGCAUUACCCACUUCUCACCGCCCGAGUGCCGUUGGUUGUUCUUGGGUCUUUUGCACAUCUAUGAAUAAGAAGUUUUCUACUGUUAUUUUGUUUUUAUAUAUAGCGGCUUGUUCAGAAAAUCGAGUUAACCCGUAUUACUGCACUAUUUCUUUAUUUCUUGCAUUGGCGAUCUAUCAUCAGCUUUGGUUUUAUUAGUCGCCUAUCAACAUAAUCUCUAGGCUUAUUAGA